AUGGAGGAUCAUAUGGCUGGAUUAAAUCUUGCUAAUGAGGAUGAUGAACUUUUACUCGACGAUGCAAUCACGGGAGAUUCCUCCAUUGCAGUUGAGUUAUGUUUGGUGGGCAAAUUUCUUACGGAUCAACCUAUUAACUUCAAUCUGAUGCGAAGUCGUCUUGCGAGUAUUUGGAGGCCAGGGAAAGGAGUAUUCAUGAAGGACAUUGGCCAAGGGCGUUUUAUCUUCCAGUUCUUCCACGAGAUCGAUCUGCAACGGGUAGCCGAUGGUGGACCUUGGGCCUUCGGAAAUUUUCCUCUCAUGCUUCACAGGUUAAAGAGGGGAGAAUUUCCUCUCAGUGUUCCGUUAGAGACUCUUCCCUUCUGGAUUCAAGUACACGACCUACCCGCUGGCUACCUCACAGAGGGUGUGGGUCGUUUGCUCGGAAACUUUAUAGGCAAUUUUCUGGAGUACGAUAGUACUAAUGCCUCGGGUGUUUGGAGGCAAUAUAUGCGCAUCCGCGUGGGGAUCCGCGUCUCAGAACCCCUGAAGAGGUUUAAGAGAAUCAAACAAAAGGAUGGCUCUUCUUUUGUGGUCAAUUUCAGAUACGAAAGACUCAAUAUCUUUUGUUUUCUCUGUGGGCGUCUUGGUCAUUCGGAAAAAUUUUGUGAACUUGUGUUCAAUCCGAACUCGAAAAAUGUCGAACGUGAAUGGGGUGCUUGGUUAAAGGCGGCAGAUCGGAGAGACGCGAAUUUGGCCGGGGAUAAGUGGCUUAGGACUGAUGAUACUAUGGCAAACCCUAGCGGGGCGGCGGCGGACGCUAGGGUUUCGAAGGAGCCGUCAGUUACAGAUCCCAUAAUUAGCACGCAAGAAAAUCGGGGUUUGAUUGUAGCUCAUAAUGUUUCGCACGAUCUGCGGAAGAGCAUUCCACAUGCCCAGCAACGGCUGGCAUUGACCGAAAUCAGUCACAAUUAUGGAAACACCUCCAUGCAGAUUGAUGGCGCCAAUCCUACGUGUAUUGAGGAAAGGAAGCGAAGACGCGGUGCAGCUUCCGCGAGUGUGGUCACAAACUUCUCAUCUGAUGUUUUUCCUGCAGGCUUUGUCGAGGAUGGCUCAGAUGAUCAAUCUUCUCUAUCGGCGGGCUCCGGGGUCGGAGCCGGCCGAGCCCAAUGA